AGGCAGGAAAGGGUUGGGGAGGGACAAUGAGAAAUUAAAGGGGAACUGGCUGUGGAGGUGGGUGAAGAGGGGGCCUGAGCGGGGGCUGAGAAGGAACAGAGAGGACGCUUAAAAGCUCUGUUACUUCAUAACUUUCCUGAAGAAGAGACAGCAAGUCCUUUAUUAAGGUGAACCAUUCCGUUUCUUCUUCAAGCUACCAUGAACUCUGAAGCUGGCAGUUCACAGGGCGAUAUAAGGAACUACCAUUCUUCUCAGGUCCGCAAAGAAGAGCAGAGUGAUUACAAUACCUAUCAAAUUAAGGUGGAACCUAGAAAAAGAGCAAAUGAUAUAACAAACACACAGGACCAACAGGAAUACUCACCUAAGAAAUGUCGGCAACAUCAGACCACUUCUCCAAAUCAGAGAAUUACCAUCACCUUAGACGGAAAUGACAAGGAAAAUAAAAAUAUGAAACACCAGGCCACAGAGAGGAACACAGAUAGGUCAUAUGAAGCACGCAUCAGUGUCAAUGCUGUCAACGAAGAGACAGAAAGUCAAAAGGGUGGGUGCAUAAACCUUGGCGUGUCCCUCUAUUUUCCAGAAGUGGGUAUUACAUUUUCUGAAACUGAAAGUGAAGAGAGUAAAGAUAAGCAAGUGAGUGGUUGGCAGAACCAGGUACGUACUGACCACAUCGAAUCUGACGGGGAGAGGGAUGAAAGGAUCCUCAAGUGUAGAGAACAUCACCAACACUCCUUUGUACAGAGUGACCAUCCGAAGCCCAUUAAAGACCUGGACACCAUCAGAGAAGACACCCAGCCAGUUGAUGAGUUAGAGGGCAAGCUCCUUCAGACUGAGGUUGAGAGACAAAAGUAUCCUCAAGCAGCAGACUCCACUGAUUUAGAGAAGCCAUCUUACUGCACGUUAAAAGAAUACAUUGUGGAUGAGUACCCCGUGUUGAAAAGAGAAUGUGAGAAACUCAGAGCAUACAUCAGGGAAGAGAGUGAAAACACAACUAAGAAGACUUCCUCAUUUGAAAUGCAGAAAGCAAACUUCAGGAAACUGACAAAAAACUCCACCCCAGCUAAAGUGCUCAAACUUCUUUCACGGUUCAGUGACUCAGUUGGGCUCCUAGUUUGGAACAACGAUGGAAACGAAGGCUGUGCCACCUGCUUCGUUUUUACAGGAUUGUACAUCUUCACUUGCCGGCAUGUAAUAAAUGACAUCGUGGGGAAAGGCGUAGAGCAAAGUAAGUGGGCAGAUACAAUUAAUCAAUGUGCGAAAGUCACAUUUGAUUAUGAAGAGUCCCUGGCAAAUGAAGACAACUGCUUCUUUUCUGUUGAACCCUGGUUUGGGAUAUCUGAUGAAACUCUUGACUACGCUGUCCUGAAACUGAAGGAAAACGAACAACAAAUACCUGCUGGGUUGUAUAAUGGAACAGCUCCUGUACCGUCCAGUGGGUUGAUUUAUAUUAUUGGUCAUCCUGAUAGGAAACAGAAGCAUAGUGAUGGCUGUGCUGUAGUUUCUCGAGACGAGCACGCUCAGGAAAGAGAAGCAGUGGAAGGCAGUGCCACUAUGCAAUAUAUCCAUAUGUACACCCAAAGAAGCUUCCAAGAAGCAGUUCACGAAACUGGUGUGCUUGCCCGUGACAACACUUUUUAUUGUGGCUCUUCUGGAUCUCCUGUAUUCGAUUCUAAAGGGUCACUGGUAGCCAUGCACACUGCUGGCUUCAUUUGUGAGUAUGAAAGAGAUGUUUCUAGUAUCAUCGAGUUUGGCACGGCUAUGGAAUCCAUCCUCACCGACAUUAAACAAAAGCAUGAAACAUGGUAUAAUGAGGAAUGUGUAAACCGACAGGAUGUAGAAAUGAAUAGUCUAGAUUAUUGAGAAGUGGAGAAAAUUUACUCUAGUUUCUUUUUCCCUUAAAAAAAAAAACUUUUAUUCCUUGAAAGUCUCACACAUGAAUACAACGUAUAUUGAUCAAAUUCACCUACUUCCGCCUUUUCCCAACUCUUCCAGGACCCUAAUCUGUAACUCAGUUUCACGUCUCUUUUAUUAUUUGCUUUUCAUAAACUUCCUGAGUCCAGUUAUUCCUGCCAAGAUGUACAUAACUGUGUGGCCACCUACUGGGACAUGAGCACCUACCAGCAGCCAUGUCUCCAAAGGAGAGUGAGUUUCCUGGCAUCAUCGGCCGUCGAUUGUCAAUAGCUCCUCAGACAGGGAUAGUUUCCUGGGGGCCUCCCUCAUCCUUGCAGGAAUCUUGAUUGGCUUGAUCUUGCCUCUGUGAGUCUGUGUCUGCAACGUCCCUGCCACACCUAGAAGUCAGUAUUCUAUAGGUCACCCCCCCCCCCCCCGCUCUUACAUUCUUUUGCCCACUUGUCCUCGAAGUUUCCUGAGAGGACGAGGGUUAAUACAGAUGACCCAUCCACCCCUGAACACUCAACACUUGAACAUUAUUACAAGUCUUCUCUGAUCAAUGGUGAGUAUAGCUCAAAUUUCCACACAUAUGUCAGCUAUUUUCUUCCACUUUUUUUUA